UCGCCCUGUUAACCCUCACACUACAGAAUAGCACUUUAAAAGGCGGAAGUAAAAUAAUUACACCGUUCCUUUGUGGACCGCCAUAAUAUUACAGAAGAAGAAGAGAGAAUUACAGGUCGGUCAGAGCCUACAGUCAGAGCCAAAAGCGCAACAGAGCGGAGACACGAUGUGGUACUUUCUUUCGGUCUCCACAGAGACAUGGACUUUGAUAGCGAUACUAUUUGCUCUCUUCAUGUGGAGACGGAGCGGCAGCGGAGGUGAGUCGAUGAGAGAAAAUGGGUUGAUCCAAUGACGUCACUGUAUCCACCGACGGCCAGGCAAGGGAGUUGAAUGUUCCGGGAGAAUGACUGUAGACGGAGUAAACGGGAGUAUGGGUAUGCACCUUAUGGAUUCUUCAAGAAACUCGGCAUCCAGGGACCUAAACCUCUCCCCUUCAUAGGGACGUUUUUAGAGUACAAAAGGGGUCUCUUCAUAUUUGACAAUGACUGUUACCAGAAGUACGGCGAUGUGUGGGGGUUAUUUGAUGGCAGACUGCCCGUAAUGGGUGUGAUGGACACAGCCAUGAUCAAAACCAUCCUGGUGAAGGAAUGUUACUCUGUGUUUACCAACAGACGGGACUUUGGGUUGAACGGGGAGCUCCACGACGCUGUAACAACCGUAGAAGACAAUGAGUGGAAGAGAAUCCGCAGCACUCUGUCUCCCUCCUUCACCAGUGGACGACUCAAAGAUAUGUUCAAGAUAAUGACUCAACACUCCAGAAACCUGGUGAAGUUUCUGCAGAAGAAGGUAGACUCUGACGAGGUCCUGGAAGUUAAAGAAAUCUUUGGGGCCUACAGUAUGGACGUGGUGGCAAGUAGCGCAUUCAGUGUUGACAUUGAUUCUAUCAACCAACCCAAUGAUCCCUUAGUCGUCAACAUAAAGAAACUACUCAAAUUCAACCUGUUAAGUCCUCUCCUAAUCUUAGUAGUGUUGUUCCCGUUUAUGCGUCCGCUCCUGGAAAAGUGUAAGGUCUCUUUCCUACCUGCCGGUGCUAUGAAAUUCUUCUAUUCCUUCCUGAGGAAGAUCAAAGCAGAGAGGAGCAAGAAUGUGCACAAUACCAGAGUGGACUUAAUGCAGCUGAUGGUGGACUCUCAGAUCCCACAGGACCACAGCUCCAAGGAGGCCGCACACAAAGGGCUGACAGACCAUGAGAUCCUGUCCCAGGCGUUGACAUACAUCUUUGGGGGCUAUGAGACCAGCAGCAGCACACUGGGUUACCUAUCCUAUAACCUGGCAACAAACCCUGACGUCCAGGCUGCCCUGCAGGAUGAGAUCGACAAGAUCUUCCCCGACAAGGCUCCGCCCACCUAUGAAGGGCUGAUGCAGAUGGAGUAUUUGGACAUGGUCAUCAACGAGACCUUGCGGGUGUAUCCCAUCAUUAGCCGGCUAGAGAGGGUUGCCAAGGCAACCGUGGAGGUGAAUGGUGUGACCAUCCCCAAGGGAACUGUUGUCAUGAUCCCAAUCAUGGUCCUUCACCACCACCCGACACACUGGCCCAAACCUGAAGUCUUCCGACCAGAGAGGUUCAGUAAGGAGAACAGAGAGAACAUUGAUCCCUACACCUUCCUUCCGUUUGGGAUGGGGCCCAGAAACUGUAUCGGCAUGAGAUUCGCCCUCCAGACCAUUAAGCUGGUGAUAGUAGAGAUCCUCCAGAAUUUCAGUUUUGUCACCUGCAAGGAGACAGAGGUUCCUCUGGAGCUUUUUGACAACGGCUUCGUCGCCCCAACGAAGCCCAUCAAGCUGAAGCUGGUCCCCCGUGUUUUGGCCCCCAGCUAGGACUGAGAGGAGAGGCGCAGGUAUACAGGACACUACCCUGUUAGUCUAGCCAAGUCGGUUUCUGCUUCAGUCAGACAUGGUUGGCAUGGCAAUGAGUAAAACAUUGUCUAAAGGGCAAGGCAGCCUGCCUGUUGGAAGGGAUCAGUUUAGACUCAUUGAUAAUCCAGGUUAAUCCUCUGGAAUGAGGAAAAUGUUUGAUUUUAUAGUGAAGAAACUACCCAACUAGCUAUAUUACUAAAAUAUUGACGGUAUGUAGGCUUUUUGUAUCAUAUUUUCAGGAAUCCCUUGAAAUUAAGACGACUCAUCUCAAGGGUCAUGCAAUGAGUAUUAAGUGAAUAAAAUAUGGACAAUCGUAGUAA